UCUGCGUCGGGCGCGCGCGCUGUGUGGCCGCUGCCGCCAUGUUGUUGUGGUCGUGAGAAGAAGGCGGCGGAGGCGCAGCCGGACCCGACGCUCCGCGGCCCAGGCGCUGCCCCCGGCCGGCAGCCUCGCGGGGUGGCGGAGGAGGCCGAGCCGAGCGGGCCCCGCCAUGCGCUGCCGCCCGAUUUCCCUGUGAAACUUUGUGGUAGAAAAAGUCUUCAGGAAGAACUUCAUUUGAUCUAGGCAGAAAAGAAAGACCAGCCCUGCCAGACACUGAAGGGACGGGGCUCUCUCCUCCUGUCUGGGCCUCCUGUCAUGGAUGAAGAGAGUCCGCACAACCUUGAGUGCAUCCAGGCCAAUCGGAUCUUCCCCAGGAAGCAGCUGGUUCGGGAGGACGAGACUCUGCAGGUUCCUUUCCUUGAGCUGCACGGAGAAAGCACAGAGUACGUGGGCCGAGCUGAAGACGCCGUGAUCGCCCUCUCUAAUUACAGACUUCACAUCAAGUUCAAGGAGUCCCUCGUCAACGUUCCAUUGCAGCUUAUAGAAAGUGUCGAAUGCCGAGAUAUAUUUCAGCUUCAUUUGACUUGCAAAGACUGCAAAGUCAUCAGGUGUCAGUUCUCAACCUUUGAGCAGUGUCAGGAGUGGCUUAAGAGACUGAACAGUGCCAUCCGCCCUCCCACGAGAAUAGAGGACCUCUUCUCCUUUGCCUACCACGCUUGGUGCCUGGAGGUCUACGCCAGCGAGAAGGAGCAGCACGGGGACCUGUGCCGGCCAGGGGAGCAUGUGUCGUCAAGAUUCAAAAAUGAGGUGGAGCGGAUGGGUUUCGACAUGAACAACGCCUGGCGGAUCUCCAACAUCAACGAGAAGUAUAGGCUGUGCGGUAGCUAUCCCCAGGAGCUCAUAGUGCCGGCCUGGAUCACCGACAAAGAGCUGGAAAGCGUGGCGGGCUUCAGGUCCUGGAAGCGCCUCCCCGCCGUUGUCUACAGGCACCAGAGCAAUGGGGCAGUCAUCGCCCGCUGUGGGCAGCCGGAGGUCAGCUGGUGGGGCUGGCGCAACGCCGACGACGAACACCUGGUCCAGUCAGUCGCCAAGGCGUGUGCCUGCGACUCCCAGUCCAGCGGCAGCAAGCCGCCCACCCGGAGCAGCACUCGCGACUUUGCCAACACCGGGGACCUUUCCGACGCAGAGUUUGAUUCUUCUCUGUCAAAUGCUUCAGGAACAGAGAGCCUAGCCAUCCAGCCACAGAAGCUUUUGAUCUUGGAUGCACGCUCGUAUGCGGCAGCUGUGGCAAACCGAGCCAAAGGAGGAGGCUGCGAAUGCCCAGAGUACUAUCCGAACUGCGAAGUCGUGUUUAUGGGAAUGGCGAAUAUUCAUUCGAUUCGGAGGAGCUUCCAGUCUCUGCGGCUGCUGUGCACACAGAUGCCAGACCCGGGAAAUUGGCUCUCCGCCCUCGAGGGCACAAAAUGGCUCCAUCACCUGUCUGUGCUUCUGAAGUCAGCCCUGCUGGCCGUGCACGCCGUGGAUCGCGACCAGCGGCCGGUGCUGGUGCACUGCUCUGACGGCUGGGACCGCACCCCCCAAAUUGUGGCCCUCGCUAAGCUCCUGCUGGACCCUUACUACCGAACCAUAGAGGGUUUCCAAGUCCUUGUGGAGACGGAGUGGCUGGACUUUGGCCACAAGUUCGCUGACCGGUGUGGCCACGGGGAGAGCGCGGGCGACCUCAGUGAGCGCUGCCCCGUGUUUCUGCAGUGGCUCGACUGCGUCCACCAGCUCCAGAGGCAGUUCCCCUGCUCUUUCGCGUUCAAUGAAGCAUUCCUUGUAAAGCUGGUGCAGCACACCUACUCCUGCCUCUUUGGGACAUUCCUGUGCAACAACGCCAAGGAGAGGGGGGAGCGGCACACUCGGGAGCGGACGUGUUCCGUGUGGUCGCUGCUGCGGGCGGGCAACAAGGCCUUCGGAAACCUGCUGUACUCCUCCCAGUCAGAAGCCGUGCUGUACCCUGUGUGCCACGUGCGGAACCUGAUGCUGUGGAGUGCGGUAUACCUGCCCUGUCCAUCCCCGUCCACCCCUGUGGACGAGAGCUGUGCGCCGUACCCAGCCCCUGCCACCGCCCCCGAUGACCCGCCCCUGAGCCGGCUACCAAAGACGAGGUCCUUUGACAACCUCCCCGUAGUCUGUGACAACACGGUGCCUCUCGCCAGCCGGCGCUGCAGCGACCCCAGCCUCAACGAGAAGUGGCAGGAGCAGCGGCGCUCGCUGGAGCUGAGCAGCCUGGCCUGCGCCGGAGAAGAGCCCCCUGGCGCCGACGGCUUGGGGAGGCCGGCCAGGCUGCCGGGCAGUGCCGAGCUGUCGGUCGCCGCUGGGGUGACCGAGGGGCAGAUGGAGAACAUCCUGCAGGAGGCCACCAAGGAAGAGAGUGGGCUGGAGGAGCCCGCUCAUGGCAGGGGCUCGGAAGUACGGGUGCCGGAGAGGAGAGAGGAGACCCAGUCUGAGCAGGAGAGAUGGGGGGAGACCCCCGAGGGCUCAGCCAUUGCGUCUCAUCGGGAACCGGGACCGGACACCGCUGUCCCGAGGAGCUUGCCCAGCCCCGGCCUGGCCCUGGCCCUGGCCUCGCAGGGCCUUCCUGAGCAGCAGGGGGGGCUCGGCCGGCACUCUGCUUCUCCCCAGGAGCCCUGCAGGGGUGAGGGUGGCCGGGCAGUCCCUGAGGAACCACCAGGGGACGGGGGAGAAGCGCUUCUUCCAGCCCUGCUAGACGCAAAAGCAGACUGUGGGGCCUCUGCGCCAAGUUCUCUGCCACCCUCCCAAGCCCCAGCUGAGACCAGAGGGCCAAGCACGGGUAGCCCUGUGGGCACGCUAGCGGAAAACAAGGGGGAGCCCGAAGGCGAGCCCCGGGACCACCACAGACCGAGCCUGGUGAGCAGCGGCAGGUUCGGUGGCCGGGACAGGCUUCCUGAAGUCACGGAGCCCAAGCCUUUGGAGAGGAGCCCGGCCGAGAGGCCCCAAGCGGGGUGCGUGGUGCACAGGACUCCCCCGGGCGGCGGCCAUGGCCCCACACCCGCUCCCUGUGCCGUGCCGUCCUCCGGGUGUAAGGAGGGGCCUGUGUGCAAUGGCAUCCCAGAGAUGGAAAACAAGGUCUCGGAGAAGCCCCCCGCCCCCGGGGAGACUGUCGGGAGCAAGGACACCCUGGGCCACCAGCUGCCCGCCACGAGCUGCGGCUCCGUCCCCGGCCACGCCAGGAGCGCGCAGCACAAGUGGAGGCCGUCCGCGGCCUGCAGCCACCUGGACGACGACGGCAUGCCCGUGUACACGGACACCAUCCAGCAGCGCCUGCGGCAGAUCGAGUCCGGCCACCAGCAGGAGGUGGAGACGCUGAAGAAGCAGGUGCAGGAGCUGAGGAGCCGCCUGGAGAGCCAGUACCUGGCCAGCUCCUUGCGCUUCAAUGGCGACUUUGGGGAUGAAGUGACUUCAGUCCCCGACUCGGAAAGCAGUGUGGAUCAGAACUGUCUGUCUCGCUGCAGCACAGAGCUUUUCUCUGAAGCCAGCUGGGAGCAGGUGGAUAAGCAGGACACGGAGAUGACCCGCUGGCUUCCUGACCACCUGGCAGCCCACUGCUACGCAUGUGACAGCGCCUUCUGGCUGGCCAGCAGGAAACAUCACUGCAGGGGCACUGGCCGUGUUGAUCAAACGUGGAACUGUGGGAAUGUGUUCUGCUCCAGUUGCUGUAACCAGAAGGUCCCGGUCCCCAGCCAGCAGCUCUUUGAGCCGAGUCGAGUGUGCAAGUCUUGCUACAGCAGCCUGCGCCCCACCAGCUCCAGCAUCGACCUUGAACUGGAUAAGCCCAUUGCCGCCACUUCAAACUGAAGCUCAGUGAGCCGGGGCGGGCAGAGGCCGCGCUGCUGCUCCCUGAUGGCCCGUGCGCUUUGGAAUGGGGCCGUGGCACCACCUGUGCAGACUGACGGGAAUUUGGGGUGUACCACUGGAUUGUAGAUUGAUGUUUCUUUCCUGUUUCUUUUCCAACUCCCUCCUGUCUCCAAAAAAGAGAAAAGUUCCUGGUUGUCUUAAACAUUUUCUCUGGAUGGAAGGCCAGAGGUUGCAGCUAGCCCCCUGCAGCUGGCCGGUGCCGGGGCAGAGGCCCGCGGUGCUGAGGGGAAGGCCGUCUGCGUGACACCGCAACCUCGGCACAGCCGUGGGGGGCUGCAAGCCUCUUCCCUGAAGGCACUGGUCCUGCUGUCCCUCCCUCAGAGGGGCCGGGCCAUUCCUGCCCACAGACAGACAGACGAGGGCGGUUGGGACUGAGAAGGAGUGCGCUGUCUGCAGACUAGACGCCUUGGCGCCUCCUUGGGGGGAGGAAGGGGGGGGUGCUGCUGAGGGCCAGCGCUUUGCCCCUGGCUUCUCCUUACAGUGACCCCGAUGGCAGAGUGCUCCCCCCUCUGGGGGCUCAGUCCCCCCGCCCCGGGCAGUACGGCGCCUCUCACGUGACCUUAGCGCAGGAGGGGCCCACACACAGGGUCCCAGCCUGUGGCCAAGGCCAAGGCCUGUCCUGAGCCUGCAAGGGUAUGCCUGCAAGACCCUUCCAGGACUUGUUCUCCCAAACAGUCUCCUCCUCAGUCAGACUCAGGGCUCCUCAAACUCCCCUUCCCAAACCAACAGAUCAUGAGGCUCCCCGAAGAGGGGGACACCGGCCUUCGAAGUGCAGGCCGCUGGGAGAGGAAGCCCGCCCCUCUCGACCGCCUUUCUCCCCCUUCCUUCUUGGGCACGGGGAGGACCCAGCCAGCAGUCCCGGGGAGGCCACGUGGGACUCCGCAGGACCCGGGCCCCUCCCGUGGGAGGCUUGAUGGGGUCCAAAAAGAGCCUUAAAUCAAGAAUCUGUGUGUGGUCCGUGUGCGUGAGGAGGGCGGAGCGAAGCGAGGUCUGCGCUCUGUUGCCUUGGUUUCCGCGCCCUAUGCCUGCCCUCCCCCGGGGUCAGGGCCGCUUGGGUCUGCCAGAAGCUGCUCAUCGGUGACAGGUGGGUGGGUGGUGGGUGACCCUUCAGAGGCAGCUCCCCGGCCCAGGGCAAGGGGUGUCUCAGGAAGGCGGCUCCGGGGUGAGCCUGGGUGUGGUGAAGAGGUGGCCCAGAGCCCUCCAGAGUUUGAUGGAAUGACGAACAGGGUGUCCUUUACCGCACCCCGGGUGGCCUGGCCACGCGGGGAGGGAAGUCUCAGUGACAGGUGCCAAGAGGUAGUGAUACGGGUCUCCUGGGUCUGGUGUACAGUGUGAGUAAACGCUUGCAGCUUUUAGCCCUUUUUGAUCAAUGAAGCACUUUUUUAUUAAUAUUUCUCUUUGUAUGUAAGGAGGAACCGUAACUCCGUAGCUGUACAUAUAACCUUUUUCUCCUAAAAAGGAGUCUGUCAGUGCUCCUAUAUUUUUCAUUUUUUGUCAAAGCGGGAAGUAAAUACUUUAGAACUGUUAAAUAUAUAAAUAAAGUGAAUAAAGCUUAGUGUUCCGCAUGGUA